AUGCGCAUUGCAUCCAGCGCUUCAACAAUAGUCGUCUCCGUCACAGGAAUGUCCAUUUCGAAUCUCAAAAGUGCAAUACGCAAAAUUCUUACGAUUCGGGACGAUUUUUGCACUUUUACCCUUUUCAUUCUACCAUUGAUGGCGAGGACAGGGAAGGAACCAAAGAAAGGCAAAGUGCCCAAGCAAAACUGGCUGAAUUCCAAGAUUCUCAAGAACAAGGACGAGAAACGAAGUCAGCGUAUUGCAGACGCCCUCUAUGAUACCCGCAACGCCGAUAUUUUGAAAACCGAGGAUGGGGGUUAUUUGGAGGCGGAAGGAAUGGAGAAAACGUACGAGAUCACCCAGAAGCAAAUCAAGGAAGAAGUCGAUCUGAAUACGCGCCACAAGAUAUUCGACCUCACGUUGGACCAGUUCGGUCCCUACAAGGUGCAGUUCGACCGUCCCGGUCGCCACGUUCUUCUUUCCGGUGAAAAGGGCCAUAUCGCCAUGCUGGACGCCCUGACCCAAAGCCUAGUUUGCGAAUUCCACACCGAGGAGCGCAUCUACGCGACGACCUUCCUGCAUGACUGGGAUGUCUUCGCCUCCGCGCAAUCGAAAUACCUCCACCUCUACGACUCCCAAGGCAUCGAGCUGCACUGCCUCCGCGCCGCCUCCCAGCCGCGCUUCCUGGAGUUCCUGCCCUUCCACUACCUGCUCGCGUCCUGCUCCCAGCAGGGAAUUCUCCGAUGGAUCGACGUUUCCACCGGCGUUUCGCUCCACGACCGACCCACCCGCCACGGCCCCGCCACCUGCUUCGCCCAGAACCCGCACAACGCCACCGUCCUCUCCGGGUCCUCCCGCGGGAAAGUCGCGUUCUGGUCGCCCAACGAGCGCGACCCGCUCGUGUCGAUGCUGUGUCACCGCGGGAAUGUGCUCGGUGCUGGCGUGAACCUGGAGGGCACCGCGAUGGUCACCGCGGGGAGCGACGGCAAGCUGGCGGUGUGGGAUUUGCGGACGUUUCAGUGCUUGUAUGAGUACACGUUGCCGAGUCCCGCGGGGAGCCUGGAUAUUUCGCAGCGCGGAUUGGUCGCGGGGAAUGUGGGGAAACGAGUGCUGAUCUGGAAGGAUCUGGAGAAGCAGAAGGUGAAGGAUCCGUACAUGAAGAUCGAGGUGCCGGGGCUGAAAGUGGAGAAUUUGAAGUUCAGGCCAUUCGAAGAUCAGAUCAUGAUCGGAUUGGACAAGGGUGUGAAAUCGUGUGUGGUGCCUGGAGCGGGCGAGGCGAACAUCGAUACGUAUGAGUUGAAUCCGUUUGAGACGCGGAAGCAGAGAAGAGAGCGCAAUGUGCAGAAGUUGCUCGAUAAGAUCCCUGCGGAGCGCAUUGUGUGGGACCCCGAUGCUGCGUUUUAGUUGGUUGCUUUUCUUGUUUUAUUUAGUGGAGGGAGGAGCCAGUGUUGGCAAUAUCCUUUGGAUUGGAU